AUGGAGGCACUUUUUGCUCAAUUCUCCAUUCUGUCAGACCAGGCUCUUUGUGACAAGAACUUCGAUCCUUACACCAUAGAAGAUGAUCUAAUGAAGCUCUUUGAAGUUGAGGCUUACAAGCCUUGGGCAGCCAUGGAUCUGGAUCAAGAAAAUCAAGUUGAAGAAGCUGAGAAUUACAUGAAAGAAGCAGAAGAACACCUUAACACUGCAAUGGAAGAAUUUCGCCGUUUUGAAGAGGAAAUGAACCAAAUGGCUAAAGCUGGAUAUGAUAGCCUUGUGGGUGUUGCUGAAAGAGCUAGAAAUAUGGGAAAGACUAUGGAGAAAGUGGCUACAUUUGCUGCCAAGAAGUAUAUUGAAGGUGCUGUUAACUCUGCUGGUGCUUCAACGAAAUAUGCUAUUAAAGCCAUUUCUUCUCACUCUAACAAGGUUCAUCCUUCUGAUCCCUAUGCUUGA